UUUGGCACCAGCGAGCUCACUUCAGGUUGUUUGGUUUCGUCCACUUCUCAGGCUGAAGCUCGCUGCGGGGUUUUAGGGUCUGAAGAAACUUUUCACACCGUUUUUUUUUUUUUUGGUAGUUUUUAGUGUGAGUAAAUCAAGUGUUUUUUGGGGGAAGUUUAUGCGUGGCAAGUUCGGGAGCUGUCUGUAUAUUGGAUCGAUCUGAUUUAGUCCUCCAGAUUCCUCGGCAACAUGAGUUGGAGCUUCCUCACUCGUCUGCUGGACGAAAUUUCCAACCACUCCACCUUUGUGGGGAAGGUCUGGCUGACCGUACUAAUCGUCUUCCGCAUUGUGCUGACAGCCAUUGGUGGUGAAACCAUCUACUAUGAUGAACAGGCCAAAUUUGUGUGCAACACCCAACAGCCCGGAUGUGAGAACGUGUGCUAUGAUAAGUUUGCUCCGCUCUCGCAUGUCAGGUUCUGGAUCUUUCAGGUGAUAAUGAUCACCACCCCCACAAUCAUGUACCUUGGCUUCGCCAUGCACAAGAUAGCUCGCAUGGAUGACAUGGAGUACCGUCCUGUUCGGAACAGGAAGAAGAGGAUGCCUAUAGUCAGGCGUGGGGCAGUACGGGACUAUGAAGAAGCAGAAGAUAACGGAGAGGAGGACCCAAUGAUAGCUGAAGAGAUCGAACCAGACAAGGCAGAAAAAGCAGAAAAAAUUACAGAGAUGAAGCAUGAUGGUCGACGACAGAUUCUUCGUGACGGCCUCAUGAAAGUCUACGUAUGUCAGCUGCUGUGGCGCUCCGCCUUUGAGAUCGCGUUCCUCUUUGGCCAGUACAUCCUCUACGGUUUCAAGGUGAUCCCCUCCUAUGUCUGCACUCGGGCCCCAUGCCCACACACAGUGGACUGUUUCGUCUCACGGCCUACUGAGAAGACCAUCUUCCUGCUGGUGAUGUACGCCGUGUCAUUCCUCUGCCUUUUCCUCACUGUGCUGGAAAUCCUCCACUUGGGUAUCGGCGGCAUCCGUGACAGGUUCCGCAGGCGCGCCAUUCUCAACUCGCGCCGCACCCCACGUCCGCCCUCAUCCCGCUCUCUACCCACAGCCCCACCAGGGUACCAUGCCACCAUGAAGAAGGAAAAGCUAAAGGGCGACCUGAGGGACUUGCCCAUGGGCGACUCCGGGCGGGAGAGCUUCGGAGACGAGCCUUCCUCCAAGGAGCUGGAGCGGCUGAGGAGGCAUCUGAAGAUGGCACAGCAGCAUCUGGAUCUUGCAUAUCAGGCAGAUGAAGGAAGCCCCUCACGCAGCAGCAGCCCUGAGGUGAACACAGCUGUACAGACAGCUGCUGAGCAGAACCGCCUCAACUUUGCACAGGAAAAGCAAGGAGAGUCAAGUGAGAAAGGAAUACAUGCCUGAGCGUGCUUCCCGUCUUGGACGGCUUGUCCUUCAUUCCUACUGGCCUUAAACGUUGGAAAGGAGGGGGGGAGCACACAUCGGAGAGCAGUCGGACCACUGAGGGAGACCAAAGAGUUGCGUUUGAGUGUGAAUGUGUCAGUAUGGAUGAAAGAUUCGUGCCUUUCAGUAUUAGUGGUCAGUGCACAGCAAGAGAACUGCUGAAUGAAAUCUGUGCGACACCAAACUUGAAAGCCUGCCACAUGUGGAGUUUUUCUUCUUGCCAAACCUGAACAGUGCCUUCAGUUAAGCCCUGAUCUUUCACAUAUCCUGUUUUAUUUGUAGCCAUGCAAUAAUCUUCAUCCAUCUAUGACAUUAAAGCUCCAAACUCCUCUGGCUGAGCCAACAGUUGGUUCUUUUUUUUUUUUUUUGUUUUUUUUGUAAACUGCCACUGAAUGUUGAGACUUGUUGCUCUUGGAAUGCCAAACAGCAAGGCCUUGGGCUAUGUCAAUUGGACUCUGUGCAGUAUCUUUUUUUUUUUUUUUUUUCUCUUUGCAAGAUGAUUUUUCUCUUAAUGCAUGCUGGCUAAGUCAACAGAACUGAUACUGGGGGUUCCUUCAGUUAUAGAAAUGUUAGAAAGUCCAAUUGGCCAAAUGUAUACCUGGGCAAUGCUUGAAUCCUUAAUUAAUGGGAAACGUAUUUCAUUUAAAAUCAAGUUCAUUUUACCAGCUUGCAGCUUCAGUACAGUGUAGACGCAUUCCUUCAGUGUUCAGAGAAAGAAGGAAAUUUUCCUUUAAAACUGCCAAACUCAGUUGUGCAUCAUGUCAUGUUGUGCAUCCUGGUGAGGAAAUCGGCCAGAACGGACUGGCGCCAUGCAAACCUGUUGAGUUCAUUAGAUUUCAGGUCUGUUGCUUCAAGAGUUCAAACUUUUCCAUAUCUUCAUAGUUACUCAUUCCUGUAUCAUCUCAGUUUUUGGAAGGGACAACAUUCCAGUUUUGAAUAUGGUACUCCUUCAAUGUUUAAUACUUUUUUCCUAUUGCAAGUUUUGUAGUUUUUUGUUUUUUUUGUAACUGUAGAGAUUAUUUUGUCUUCAGAGUAAAUAAAUAUAUUUGAUUCAAACA